AAUGUCACCAACUAGUCUCUAAUCAAUGUUAUUGUUUUUAAGUGAAAUAAAUAAAACCAACUUUAAUUUCCUCUCCAUCUUACAUUCGUCGUCAAUCUUGUCAGUUGUAGUUUAUCGAUUUUGUUUUCAUUUUGUGUAAUAAAUCAAUCUAACCAAGUCGAUCAACCUGAUUUUUAAUUAGGCAAAUUUUGAUGGUGAUAAAUGGCAUAUCUCGAGUGCUAAUUACAUCUUAAAACCUUUUGAGCGAUGAUAACGAGGUUUAAUAUUGUGAUAAUAAAUUGACAUCAUAAGUCAAAAGUUUUAUCAAGAUUAGUACAAAAAGAUGAUGGUGGUAACAAAAAUUAGGCAUAUAGAUUAAUAUUUUCAAAAUAUUGAACUCUGAAGACUCAAACGAGACUGCUUUAUCAAGUCAAUCCAGAAUUUUGAAUAUGAAAGAGCUGUUUCCACUAUCCAACUUCUCAAAAUAGAAAUUCAGUUCAAUUUCUAUUACCAUAUUUCUAUUAUCAAAUUUACCCAAAUGCUUAAACAAUUGCAAAUGGGCUUGCGUGCGUUUUACGUUGUAGUUUCCAAAGUAUGGACAUGUUUGUGUUUUAUGUUCAAAAAACAAGUCAGAGCCUGGGUGCAACAUCAGCCAGUAAAAUACGAGAUAUACCCCUUAUCUCCUAUCUCCAGACACAGAUUAAGUAUUGUUAAGCGUAAAACAUUAGUGUUAGAUUUAGAUGAAACCUUAAUCCAUUCGCACCAUGAUGCAAUGCAGAGGUCGACUGUUAAACCUGGUACCCCGCCUGAUUUUAUACUCAAAGUUACAAUAGACAAGCAUCCUGUGAGGUUUUUUGUUCAUAAAAGACCACACGUGGACUUUUUUUUGGACAUUGUGUCCCAAUGGUACGACCUGGUUGUUUUUACAGCCAGUAUGGAGAUUUAUGGGGCAGCUGUUGCUGAUAAACUGGAUAACGGACGUGGUAUUUUAAGGAGAAGAUAUUAUAGACAACAUUGUACGCCUGAUUUAGGAUCUUACACAAAAGACUUGUCUGCGAUCUGUGAUGAUCUAAACAGAGUCUUUAUACUAGACAAUUCUCCGGGGGCUUACAGAGGCUAUCCAGACAACGCUAUACCUAUAAAAUCAUGGUUUUCAGACCCCAUGGACACGGCUUUGCUAUCAUUGCUGCCUGUGCUUGAUGCUUUGCGUUUCACGCAAGACGUUAGAUCAGUUCUGUCCAGGAAUCUUCAUCUUCAUAGACUUUGGUGAAAUAAUAGAUAUAAUUUAUA